AUGAAUAUUUAUAAGGUGAAUCUUUGCUACAGUUGCGUUUGAUGGCGGGAUGUUUGUGAUCUGAAUGGCUGAAGGAGCAGAUUCUUGUUUUCUGGGGUUCGAUUUCAGCACGCAACAGCUGAAAGUUGUUGCUGUUGAUGGAAAUCUUGAGGUGAUUCACCAGAGCAGUGUCCAGUUUGACAGAGAGCUGCCCGAGUUCAGGACUCAUGGAGGAGUUCAUAUCCACGAUGACAAACUGACCGUGACGUCUCCAGCGCUCAUGUGGGUGAAGGCGCUGGAUGUUCUCCUGGAGAAAAUGAGAAACACUGGUUUUGAUUUCUCUCGGGUCAAAGCAAUCUCAGGCAGUGGACAGCAACAUGGCAGCGUCUACUGGAGGACGGGCGCGAGACAAACCCUGAAUCAUCUGGAUCCACAGAAACAUUUACACCAUCUGUUACAGGAGUGUUUUGCGGUGCAGGACAGUCCGGUUUGGAUGGACUCGAGUACGUCAGAUCAGUGUCAGUACCUGGAGGAGGCAGCAGGAGGCGCUCAGCGUCUCGCCGACAUCACCGGCUCACGAGCGUAUGAGCGCUUCACUGGAAACCAGAUUUCUAAGAUUUGUCGCUCAAAGCCGAAUGAAUUCACUGAGACGGAGAGAAUAUCGCUGAUCAGCAGCUUUGCUUCAUCUCUGUUCCUGGGCGAUUACGCCUCCAUCGACUACAGCGACGGUUCGGGGAUGAAUUUGAUGGAUAUAUUUGAGAAACGGUGGUCGCAGGUUUGUUUGGACGCCACAGCGCCGCAGUUAGACAAACGACUUGGUGACCUGACGCCGUCUACAGCCGUUCUGGGUUGUGUGUCUCCGUAUUACAGCAAACGCUAUGGGUUUCCAGACAGCUGUAAAGUUGUGGCCUUCACUGGAGACAAUCCUGGAUCUCUGGCUGGAAUGAGGCUUCAGGAAGGAGAUCUAGCGGUCAGUUUGGGCACCAGCGAUACGGUUUUCCUGUGGAUUCGUGAUCCCAGACCCAGCGUCGAGGGCCACAUCUUCUGUAAUCCGGUGGACUGCAGCGCCUACAUGGCUUUGAUAUGCUUUAAAAACGGCUCUUUCACACGAGAGCGGAUUCGUGAUGAGUGUGCCGGAGGAUCAUGGGAACGUUUCUCCAGCGCUUUGAGGUCCACGCCGAUGGGAAACGAUGGGAAUUUAGGCAUGUAUUUUGACGUGAUGGAGAUCACUCCUCCCGCUGCCGGCGUCCACAGGUUUAACGCUGCAGGUCAAAGGGUCGCUUCGUUCGAGCGGGAGGUGGAAAUCCGAGCCCUGAUUGAAGGACAGUUCCUGGCCAAACGAGUUCAUGCUGAAAAACUGGGCUACAAGAUCAUUCAAGGUACACGAGUGCUGGCCACAGGAGGAGCAUCAUCCAACAAGGACAUUUUACAGGUUUUGUCUGACGUCUUCAACGCUCCGGUUUACACCAUCGAUGUGACGAACUCGGCCUGUCUGGGCUGCGCUUACAGAGCUUUACAUGGUCUGGUGGCAGAAACAGGAGCAUCGUUCACAGAGACGGUCAGAAACGCUCCAGAACCGCAGCUGGCCGUCAGACCCACACCAGGAGCACAAGAGGUUUAUGCUCCGCUGAUGCUCAGAUACGCGGCGCUGGAGGAUCGACUUCUCAAAGAUCAGCACUAAUCACUCAAUCUGAAAAUCUGAUCAGUUCGUCCAAACACAGAUACACAGUACUGCUGCUGUUACUACACACAACACAUUACAGAUUAUUCCUUAUUUAAUUGCAUCAAAAAUCAGGUUUUAUAAUUAUUAAAAUAUUUUUUACUGAUUUAUUUUGUUGUAACCAAACAAAUUGCAAUGAAUAUUUUUUUUUUAAUGCAUUAAAACAUUUAAAAAAAUGUAAUUAUUUAGUUAAAUGUGUGACUAAGAAUAAAACAUCUCCUAACAUAAAUAUUAUGUUACAAAAUAAUAAUUAUUAUUAAUAUUUGUUAAUUAUGACUAAUUAAUGUGUAUCCUAAAGCAGCAUUUGAGUUUUAAAAUGAUUCCUUUGAAACAUUUUUAAACUAUUUUAAAAGUAAUAUUUUAGAAUUAAUUAAAAUAUUAUUUACUCAAAUUAUUUCAUGGUUCUAUAAUAAAUGAAGGAUGCCGGGCUAUUAAAAUAAUAAAUCGGGAAUUAAUCACUUUUUUUUGUAGCAAUGUAUUAAAUGGACAUAAAUAACAUUUUGUUGGCUGUAAUGACAACAGCAUUUGAGAUUUAAAAUCUGCAUUUCAUGUUCAACAACACAAAUAAUGUGAAUGCAUGAAGAUGUGAAGUUUUCAUAUGAAUCCUAAUGGUUUAAUGCAUUAAUAAACUUUAAUUCUGUUUAAGAACAUGUCAAUCAUGUUAUCAGAUGCAUAUAUUUGUGACAUCUGUGAUAAAUGUAAUAGUACAAAUAAAUACAAUAAUUAUUAAUAAUCAUUAGCAUUAAGCAAACAUAAAAAAAACAUUAAAAAAUAAGCAAACAUAAAAAUAUACAAAUAAUUAUUACAAUAAUAAUAAUAUAGUAAACAUGAAAAAAAAAUCAUAAUGUAAUGCUAAAUACAAAGUAAUGAUAAUCAUCACCAUUAAACUUAAAUAUAAUAAUAAUAAUAAUAAUUAAGCAUAAAUGUAAAAGUAAAAAUAAGAAUAAUUAAAUAUAAUAAUAAAUCAUUAGCAUUUAACUAACAUGAAAAAUCUAAACAAAAAAAUAAGCAAACAUAAAAUCUAAAAAUGAUUGUAAUAAUAAUAUUUUUUUU